CUCACAGAUGGCAAACCAGCUGGCUACUUCAGGCAUUUUGUACCUAUGGCUAAACUUGCUGAUCAUGAAUGCUCAUAGAAUGAGUGUUAUGGGCUUUAUCGCACGAUGGCCGGGAGGCAGAUCAACAAGGUCCUAUGACUUCAAGGUCCAAACAACAAAAAUCGAGAAGUUGUGUAACACUUGGGAUAUAGUGACAAUAAACGGAAUGUUUCCUGGACCGGUUAUUUAUGCACAAGAAGAUGAUAGAGUAAUCGUCAGGGUUACCAACGAAACACCCUAUAAUGCCACAAUACACUGGCAUGGUGUCCGGCAAAGGUUAUCAUGUUGGUCAGAUGGCCCUUCUUACAUAACACAGUGCCCCAUUCAAUCAGGACAGACAUUCACGUACGAGUUCACUCUGGUGCAGCAAAAGGGCACCUUAUUAUGGCAUGCUCACGUCUCUUGGCUCCGGGGCACCGUCUAUGGUGCCAUUGUGGUCUACCCUAAGACUGGGGUACCCUAUCCUUUCAUCUACCCUUACGAAGAGCACAUCAUUCUCCUGGGGGAGUUUUGGCUGAGAGACUUGGUGCAACUGGAGCAGUCGGUUAUCGCAAGCGGGGGAGGCCCACCACCAGCGGAUGCCUACACGAUCAAUGGCCAUCCGGGGCCUAACUAUAAUUGCUCCACCAAUGAUGUUUACAAAAUUGACGUGGUUCCUGGGAAGACGUACCUGUUGAGGUUAAUCAGCGCAUCACUGAACACGGAGCACUUCUUUGCCAUUGCAAAUCACAAAUUAACAAUAGUCGAAGCCGAUGCUGAGUACACAAAGCCCUUCACCACCGACCACGUUAUGCUUGGACCUGGCCAGACCCUUAACGUUCUGGUCACCGCUAAUCAACCUAUAGCGAAGUACUCCAUGGCCAUGGGCCCUUAUAUGUCUGCAAGAAACGUCCCAUUUCAAACUAUAACCUCAACCGCCUACUUCCAGUACCUGGGUGCCCUGCCCAAUAGCCUCUCGUCACCGGCUCCCGUCCCAACGUUUAACGACAACCUUGCUGUUAAAACGGUCAUGGAUGGGCUGAGGAGCUUGAGCGGAACCCCGAGCGUUCCUAAGGAGAUUGACCAGAAUCUGUUCAUUACAAUUGGAUUGAACGUCCAAAAGUGCACUUCAAGGAAUCCACAGCAGAAUUGCCAAGGCCUCAACGGUGGCGUUAUGGCUGCUUCCAUGAACAACAUAAGUUUUAUUAAGCCUAACAUUUCGCUUUUGGAAGCUUACUACAGGAAGAUUAAUGGCUAUUUCACCGAAGAUUUUCCCGGGGCGCCCUUUAAAUUCUAUGAUUUUGUGAAUGGAGCUCCUAAUAAUGCCCCCGUGGAUACUAACUCAUUGAAUGGAAGUAGGACUUAUGUCCUUGAAUACGGGACUCGAGUUCAACUGAUCUUGCAGGACACAGGAACGGUCACCACUGAAAACCACCCAAUUCACCUUCAUGGCUUUAGCUUCCACGUUAUAGGAUAUGGCACCGGAAACUAUAAUCCAGACACAGCAAAUUUCAAUUUGGUGGAUCCGCCGUACUUGAACACGAUAGGAGUUCCAGUGGGUGGCUGGGCCGCUGUUAGAUUCCUUGCAGACAAUCCAGGGGUUUGGUUCAUGCAUUGCCAUUUGGAGAUACAUUUGUCAUGGGGCUUGUCUGUGGUGUUUAUCGUGAAAAACGGGCAAGGACCGCUGCAGACCCUCCCCCAUCCUCCGGCAGACCUGCCCCGGUGCUAGUGAAAAGAGGCUGAUUUAAGCAAAGCCGUGAUAGAUCAUAAAACAUUGGAUGCUUUCUCUGAUCUUAUUUUCCAGCCAGAACUACUGAGGAGAUUCUUUUGAUCCAUGCAAGUGUGCCAUAGA